AUGGAAGAUCCAAACAAGCAUUUGAAGGAAUUUGAAGUAGUAUGUUCAAGUAUGACACCCAUUAACGUGGAUGGGAAUAUUUUGAAGAUGAAAGCCUUCCCAUUCUCUCUUAUGGACAAGGCUAAAGAUUGGCUCUAUGAACUAGCACCUGGAACCGUUACUUCUUGGGAAAGUAUGAAGAAAGCAUUCUUAGAGAAAUUCUUCCCAACUUCAAGAGUCAUUCUUUUGAGGAAGAAAAUUAGUGGAAUUCAACAAGGCCCGGGAGAAUCCUUUCCAGGGUACUAUGAGCGUUUUAAGACGUUAGUUGCAUCCUGCCCACAACAUUAA